AUGAGAGACUUGCAGCCGUCGCUGAACCAAACGCAGCGCGUGCGGCUGCAGUCUGCCCUCCGGCAGCUCCACUCCCUCCCGUCUUCCUCCUCCUCCUCCCCCCUCUCUUCCGUCGCCGUCGCCGAUCCCAUCCAAGUAAACCACGACGACAACAUCCUCAAGGGGCAUGGGACGUUGGAUUGCGAUGGUGAAGUGGUGGCGACGUUGUGCGGCGUGGUCGAGCGAGUGAACAAACUCGUUUAUGUUCGUGCUCUACGAGCUAGGUAUAAACCGGAGGUUGGCGAUAUCAUUGUUGGCCGCGUUAUCGAGAUUGCUCCAAAACGCUGGAGGUUGGAGAUAAAUUUCAGUCAAGUUGCGGUUUUAAUGCUUUCGUCUAUGAAUUUGCCUGAUGGUAUUCAGAGACGGAGAACUGCUGUGGAUGAACUCAACAUGCGCAGUAUCUUUGAAGAAAAUGAUGUAAUUUGUGCUGAAGUUCGUGGUUUUCAGCAUGACGGAAGCUUGCAUCUGCAAGCAAGGAGUCAGAAAUAUGGAAAGCUUGAAAGAGGUCAAUUGCUCACUGUUCCGGCCUACUUAGUGAAGCGGCGGAAGCAACACUUUCACCACCUCGAACAAUACGGUGUCGACUUGAUUAUUGGGUGCAAUGGAUUCAUUUGGGUUGGCGAGCACGUAGAAGCCGGAGAGAAUGUUGGCAUGUUAGUGGAAGAUCAGAAGAAAACAUCGACCGCCGAAGAGGAAAGCUGGUCUUUUACUCCGCUAGAGACACGGAAGCACAUAUGCCGGAUCGCCAAUGCCGUUCGCUUGCUCUCCGCCUUGGGCUUCACUUUGACCGUUGAGGCCAUCGUCGACACGGCCGAAGCAAGUUUGGCGUCGAAUAUCGAGAUAAACGACAUGCUGGGAGCAGAGUUUUUUGUUCAGACGGCGGAAAGGGAGGUCCAACGCCGGGCGUCUAUGGUUCGAAAGAAGGGGUGAAUGUAGGCAAGCUGACGCGGAUUAUGUUAAAUGACCUGUAACAACUGUUUGUCUACAAAAACUUAAGCCGUUAGAGAAUGAUAUUUUUAAUUUGUAGUUUCAACAUGUUAUGGGAUCAAUCCGGUUUAGUUGUUCAGCGUGGUGGUGGGGAUCUGAAACAUAGGGGAAGGUAUAAUCUUGGGUAAUUUUGUGCAUGAGUUAUCUUAGUUUUAGGUUGUUGUAACUAAUGUGUUGAAGUUUCAGCUCAAGUGAGUUCACGAGGAUAUAAUUAAACUAUCUAA